AUGGACAAAAAGAGACAGAAAGUUCGAGGCAGCAUGGUUUCAAUCACGACACAACCUGAUAACGAGAGAGAAAAGAUCAUAAAACUGGUGCAGGUAUGGCGAUCAAAAUAUGAAAAAUUGUACGCCACAUCACAGGGUUUUGAUGAAGUUAUCACCAAGUUGAAAAGAGAAAAUGAACAAAUCAGAGAUGAAAAAGAAACGGUCAGCCGCCAGCUUCAAGAGAAACUGACAAAGGAGAGGGAGGUGGCCGAUAUCAAAAUAAGUGAACUUUUGACAAUAGCUGACACAGCGGAAAAACAAAAUGAAUUAGAAACAAGAGAUAUGAAAACAAAACUUCAAAGAUUAGAAAGAGAUACGCAACCGAUAAUUAAUAUGUAUAAAGAACGAGUCGAAAAGAUGCAGAAACAUGUUGAGAAGACAGAAGAAACCAAUGCUAAUUUAAAAAGUGAAAUUGAAAAUUUGUUGGCAAAAUUACAGCAAACUGAUGUUGAUAAAAUUGACGAAAUUAGUGAACUAAAACGAAGUCAUCGACAGAAGCUUGUAGCAAUGAAAAUAGCAAAUGCUGCCAAGUUGCAAUUUCUGAAGAAAGCAGCAGAACAAAAUUUAGAAGAACAAGCAAAACAAAUGAACGCCGAACACGAGAAUAAACUUAGUAUUUCGAAGAACGGAAACGAACAUGCAGAAAACAAAGGCGAACCAGAACAUACAAUGGAAUCUAUUGUGACUGUUGGCGAAAAAGAAAUUGAAAACAUCAAAAAACAGUAUGAACAGGAAAGCAAACAACUCAAAAGAGAUGUUGAAAACAUAAAAGCAGAAAAACAAAGAAUCACCGAUGAAUUAAAAUCGGAAUUGUUCAAAAUGAAGAAAAGGGUUGAACUCGGAAGAAUAAAACUUCAACACAAGGAACAAGUGAUUAAAGAUUUGAAAAUGACAAUAACCGACGCAAACACUCAGCUAUCCAGUGAUAGAAACAGACGAAAUAUCAUACGAAAAACUACAAUACCAGUGAAAACUCUUUCCCGCCAACUAGUGGUGACAAUAAGGGAAACAAGAAGCAUCGAAAGAGCUUUGAAGCGAAUAGAUUCUGCCAAAGAAUUCCAUGGUUAUAUCGACGUAGAUGACGAAUUAAGGUUAGAAAUACUUUACACGUCAAAAAUCGCGGAAAUUAACCGACUGAAGCGUCUCAUUCAUGACAAAUUGAUUGAAGUUGUCUACCAAAAGCCUCAACAACAAAGCGAAAAUAAUAAACUGUUCAAAAGACAGUCACAACCUGUGAUGAUGCGAGAGUCCAGCUUUGAAGAUGAUGAAAUAGUAUUUUUACGAAGUGGUUAUGGAAGUGACACAAGUUCUGAUAUGUCAUUACAAGAUGAGACACUGGACGAGGGUUCAAAUCCAGAUCGAGGACGGAUUGAAAAAAUUGAUAUUGAACGCAGAGAAGUAAUUCGGUACCCAGUUGAUCGAACUGACAGAACCUCGUGGUUAUUGUCUCCUAAACACUACAGUACGACAGAUAUUAGAUAACUGCAUCAAUAUAUCCCGUUAUUAAAUUCUACAUAUUAACAACAGGUUUCCUCACUCCAGAAAAAAAAAUCCAAACUUAUAGCUCUAAAAACAAAAUCUGGUUCGCUGAUUGCAGCGUUAUUCCCAGAACGGGUUCGCACGAACCAGCUAACCUAGAAUUGAUAGUUUACCGGAAAACAUAGAGUUAUACAAAGCUUCCGUUAUCCAAAAGAGUCAUAAAAGUUUUCUGAAUUAUGUCUUAAAGACAGUGCGCGCAUAAGGUAAAAUCUAGGAACGGCGA